AUGUCAGAGAAGAAAGCUAAGCUUGAGGAAGAUGAUCUAGAUGAUUUGGAUGAUUACCUUGACGAUUUUGCUGAUGAUAUUCUGAGUAAACCUCCAGGGUUUGAUCUAGAUACAUCCAAAAAUCAAAAUGGUGGUUCAGUGACUAGUGAGACAGAAACAGUGAAAGAGUCAAGACCGGAAACUACUGCUACUGCUUCUGAGGAAGAUGCCAUUGCUGAAUUGCUGAAGAAAAUGGAACAAGAGUCACCAGAAGCCCGUAAUCAACUUCAAGACUUAAUCAAUGAGGUAAAUUCGCUCGAUGCUCCAAGCUCUCAAGCACCAGAUGAACACAAGACAAAAGAUGGGAAUUUGAAAGACACAAUCUCAAGUACCUUGAACAGAUUGAAGCAAAGUGGUUCCAAGGUAGAUAAGUCAAUCAAGGAUGAACAACCAGACCAGAUGCUACAGGAGUUACUAAGUCAAAUGAACUUGGAUGGAGAUGGUGGUGAAGGCACAGAUGAUUUUGAUAUAACGAAGCUUUUAGCUGAUAUGCUUGAUAAUCUAGCUUCGAAAGAAAUAUUAUACGACCCAUUGAAGGACCUAUCAUCCAAAUAUCCAAAGUGGAUUGAAGAGCACAAGAAGGAAGUUUCUGAAGAUGAUUUAGCUCGUUAUACAAAACAAUCUGAAAUUGUCCAGAGUAUCGUGGCAAAGUUUGAAGAUGAAAACUACAGUGAUUCUAAUAAAGAACACAGGAAGUUCAUAAAUGAUAAACUUGAAGAAAUGCAAAACUGUGGUAAUCCACCACCAGAUUUGACUGGUGGUCUUGAGCAGUCUGGUCUACCAGGGUUCAACUUCAACAGUGGUGAUCUUCCAGACAAUAUGGAUAAGGAAUUAGAGGAGGGAUCAGCUUUAUCAACAAACUGGACCCCAGAACAUCAAUUAACUUCCAACGCUUGUUUGCAAUGGAAGAACAUAGCUCGAGGAUUGAACGAUAGGCUGUACGAGAAGAGGAAGACUGCCGCUUUGGAGUUGGAACGCCAAAUCAGACAAUGUUUAGCUGAGAGGAAAUCUGACGAAAAGAAUGAUGCUCAAAAACCAGAUAAGGUGAAAGCUAUUAUUGAUCAAUUGUCAAAAGAGUAUGCCUAUUCAGUUCAUCAACCAAACGCAAGAAACGGUGGUUUAAUUGGGUUGGCUGCCGCUGCCAUUGCUUUGGGACAGAAUGAAGUUGCCAUUUAUUUGGAAGAUAUUAUUCAUCCAGUGUUAGCUUGCUUUGGGGAUCAAGAUGCAAGGGUUAGGUAUUAUGCCUGUGAAAGUUUAUACAACAUUGCUAAAGUUUCAAAAGGUGAGAUUUUGCUAUAUUUCAAUGAAAUAUUUGAUGUUUUAUGUAAACUGGCUGCUGAUUCAGAUCCUUCAGUGAAGAAUGGUGCUGAUCUACUGGAUCGUUUAAUCAAAGAUAUUGUGUCCGAAAAAGCUACUUCAUACGUAAGUGUUAUUCAAAAUGAUCCUGAAGGAAUGUACAAAUCAGCUACACAAACAACAGUGAAAGAUAUCAAUGGUCAAGUUUUACAAAUUCAACCUCAACAAGAACCAACAGCUUUUUCACUACCAAAGUUCAUACCUCUUUUGAUGGAGAGAAUUUAUGCUAUCAACCCAUUUACCAGAAUCUUUCUUGUGUCGUGGAUUACACUUUUGAACUCUGUUCCAGAUCUUGAAUUGAUUUCUUACUUACCAGCUUUUUUGAGUGGACUAAUAAUAUUUCUAAGUGAUAGUCAUAGUGAUGUCAGAAUUAUCACACAAUCAGCACUUGAUGUUUUCUUGCAUGAGAUUAGAAGGGUUUCUGAGAUUCAAAAACUGGUGAGAGAUCAGAAAGUUAAGAAACAAAAGGAUAGCAAAGCUAAUGAAGCUAUCACUUUAGAUGUGGAAGAAAUUGAAACAUCAACACCGUCAAAGGGACCCAAGACUUUACCUGAUUCUGUUGAAUUUCCUGAUGCUGAAAAAGCUAAGGAUAACACUUCUGCAAUCAUAGGAUCUGAUGAAGAAAAUGACAAGUCUCUCCUAAAAGACACAGACAUUUCCAAUGCCCAGGAUCCUGUGAAAGAGCAGCAAAAUAAAGAAGAACAUGAUGGGGAGCUUUAUAUUCCAGGUCAAGACAUUCACUUGGACUACCCUAAAAUCAUCGAAAUCUUGAUCUCACACUUGGAUUCGUCUGAAGAUAAAAUUCAGCUUGUUGUUUUGAAUUGGCUGGAAGCUUUAUUGGAAAUUUCACCAUCAAGUUUUAUUCCUUAUUUACCAAAAAUUCUUUCUGUGUUGUUAAUGACAAUGUCAAACCAAGAGGGUUCAAAUUCGAGGGAGAGCUCCAAAGAAGUUAACAACAAGCUAUUGGAGUUGGUUACACACUUAAGUGAAGAUGAUGAAAAGAAGCUAAACUAUAGUCUAACAAUCAAUACUGUCACUAUGCAAUUUUUGAAUGAAAAUGAAAUCACCAGAAUUGCGGCUUUGGAUUGGCUGACAAUGUUACACAAAAAAUCCCCAAAACAAUUGUUAGACCAUAGCGAUGAUACUUUCACGACGUUAUUGAAGGCGUUAUCUGAUUCAAGUGAAGAAGUCAUUCAUCGUGACUUGCAAUUAUUAUCUGAGAUUUCAUUUGAAAGUGAUGAUGAGAAUUUCUCUCUGUUUAUGUUGGAUCUAUUGGAAUUAUUUAAAAAGGAUCAAAAGUUGUUAGAAACAAGAGGUAAUUUCAUUCUCAGACAAUUAUGUGUGUCAUUAGAUUCCAAACGUAUUUAUCAAACAUUAUCUAAAGUUCUUGAGAAAGAAGAGGAUGUCACAUUUGUUGGUAUAAUUGUUCAAAUCUUGAAUAACAACUUGAUAACAGCUCCAGAACUUUCAUCUCUAAGAAAACAACUAAGGAACCUUGAAGAUAAAAAGGAUUGGGAAUUGUUCUCAACGUUGUUUAGGGCCUGGAGUCAUAAUGCACCAGCUGCAUUGGCACUUUGUCUACUUGCACAAGCUUAUGAAUUGGCAUAUUCUGUUUUGCAGAUUUUUGUUGAUUUUGAAAUCACGGUUAAUGUUUUGGUUCAAAUUGAUAUAUUAGUUCAGUUAUUGGAAUCUCCCGUUUUCACUAGAGUUAGAUUGCAACUUUUGGAGCCAGACAAAUAUCCAUACUUGUACAAAUGUUUAUUUGGAAUCUUGAUGCUAUUACCACAAUCUUCAGCCUUCAACACAUUGAAGAAUAGAUUGAGCAGUAUCAGUGCUAUAAACAAUGUUUCAAAAUCCCAGGAAAGAGAAAAUUCAAGCAAUAAACAUAUUGAUGCUUCUGGUCUGUCCAAGAAUAUAAAAUGGACAAGUCUGUUGCAAAGGUUUAGAUCAGUUCAACAAGAUCAUGAAAGAUCUAGGUUACAAAGUGCCUCCUCUCUCAAGACCAGAUCAGCUCUGCCCAAAUAUAGUGACACACCAAGUUCUGAAAAGACAGAUCCUAUAGAAGAAAAAGAAAAGCCAAAUGCUUCUUUAAAAACUGAACCUGCGAAACUGGCUGUUCGUAAACUUUCAGGAAGGUCAUUUGGUUUGAAAGGAUUUGGUGGUGACAGAUAA